AUGUUGUGGUAUCAUCACUCUCAUACAACUGGAGCUCCAGUCGUAGAAACAAAUGUAGGAUACCCAAUACAGAAAAGAGAACAAACAUCAGCUGCAUUCAUUUUACAUUUAAUAUUUUUGUCAUUGUCCUCACAUCAUCCUAUUAUGUCUAAUAACCAUCAAAAUCAUACAGACAAUCAUCAUCAAGAGAAUCUCAAGAAAAUCAAAAAGAACCUAUUACAAAGGUCUCCUGCCGAUACACCUACGGCAUCACCAACCCUAACCCCUAUAAUGUCAUCACCUUCAAUGGUUCCUCAAGGUGUUUAUUAUUAUCCAUCUUAUGGACCACCUCCACCACCAACCACAACAAAUGCGGCUGUUAUAGGUACUACCAAUCCAUAUGGACCACCUCCACCACCACCACCACCAAUACCACAUAUGGGACAUUAUUAUUACUCACCUUAUGUAUUACCACCAUCACCAUUGUUUAGUGGAGCGUCGCAUGUCAUGACAGUUACACAACAAAGUCAACCACCUCAAAGUUGUCCGUCACCAGGUGGAGCCAACGGCGAUGAAAAAAUCAAACCAAGCAACUUUGUAGUUCAAAAAAUUCGGAUAGGUACCUUUGAAAAGACUUCAACCUUUACAUCGGACCUAGUCGCCAAAUUCUAUUAUACAAAGAAACAAAUCGUUUGGGAAAUUGCUACAAAACCUUCUGGUCAAAAAUGUAAAAUGGUUUUUGGUUUUAUUGAUAUAACUUCAAUGAAAUUAGAAUCAUUAAAAGAUGAAUCAAAUCAAUUAACUUUUAUAUUAAAGAAAAUACCAAAAUUUUAUAAAGAGACGAAUCCACAACCAAAAAAGAAUACAAUGUGGGCACCGUGUGAUGAUUUCCUACCGGGUAACGAAGCUUCACUUUAUUGUAGACAUUCUAUAGUUUGUAAAAAGGUUGCAUUGGAGAAACAUUUGGACAAGUUGAAAAGAUCUGAUCCUCGUAUCUCCCAAAUGUUGGCAGCCGUAUUUGACGAUACUCAAAUGUUGUUUCCAUCGACCAAUGAUGAUGACCUACUCUUACAAACCUCUACAACAUCGCCAUCUGUAGAUUCAACUCCAUCACCAGUCUCUCCAACCUACUAUUCUUCAUCUACACCUCGAAGUAGAUCGGUCUCUCAAGACCUACUAGCUAUUGAAAGUAGUGAUGGGAUUAAUUCUACUGCAACUGAAUCUGAUUCUUCAACUUCACCAAAUAUUAAUAAUUAUCAAAAUAGUAGUAGUAGUAGUCGUAAAAAUUCAAUGACCAUUAAUAAUCAAACAAAUAAUCAAAAUUGGCAACAACAAUUUAUUAGUCCAAAUGAUCAACAACAACAAAAUAAUAAUAAUAGUAAUCAUCCUCCUCCUCAUCCAGCUCAUUUUGAAAAUCAACCAUUUGGUCAAUCACCACUUGUUUCAAGUUUUGGAGUACCUCAAUCAAUAAGAGAAGGGUAUAAUAACAAUACUCAACAGCAUCCAUCACCAUUAUCAUCACCUCAUUUAAUUCCAUCAUCAUCAUCAAACAACGCAUCCACUCAACCAAAUAAUACUAACUCUAAUUAUCAACCAACCGAAAAUCAUCAUCAUCAACAUCAACAUCAACCAAUAUGGAUUAAUACUAACACCACUGCACCAGCAUCAUCAUCAUCAUCAUCAUCAUCAAUUUCAACCUCAUCUACUAACCAAAUCAAGAAUGAUAACCACGCCUCUUUAACCACCACACCGCCACAAACAUUUCAACAACCAUCACAACAACAACAACAACAUUAUUUAUCUUCAAAUCAAACAGUCACUCCUCCUCCACAACAACCCAUUUACUAUGAUUCAUUAUAUAAUGGAUAUCAAAUAUCUCAACAACCAAAUAACAAUACCGUAAUCAGUUCACCUUUACUUCAUUCAAGUGAAGGAUUUAUUCAAACACCCGAUGGUGGUCUAGUUUCGACACCAAUCAAUUAUACAUCUACCCAACCACCACCUCCACCAUACCACCUGACACUUCCCCAAUCACCAUAUAACUCUCCUCCGAUCCCAUCUCAUCCAAUGGCUGGUGACAUGUCCUAUCAUCUACCUCUUUCACAACAACAAUCACCAACCAUGACUCUUCCAAGUCCAGGUCGUAAUAUGGUCAUGCCAUCACAUAUCAAUGCAAAAUCACCAAAAUACUCUCCUUACCCUUCACCAACCACUUCAUCAGUACCACCACCACCACAACAACAUCAACAACAACAGUAUUAUAAUCCACAUCAACAACCACAACAACAAUAUUAUCAUCAACAAUAA